AUGAGUAAAUUUUAUUUAUAUUAUUCUUUAAUAUGCACGAUAAGUUUUACGUGUGCCAUUUUUAUUUUUACUUUUAAAUACAAUCGUACGGAUGGUGGACUAUGGGCAGCUUUUGCAAGUGUCAAUUCUGGCAUAUGUUUUUACUUGUACAAUAUUUACAUUGGUAACAAACUUCAAAAUCAUUUCAGUUUAAAAUAUUUGAAUUAUUUAUCAGUUAUAAGUUUUAUCUCUUGUCUAGUUUGCAUAGCCUUUGGUAUUUGGUAUACAUUUGCCAUUAUCUAUUGGAAAAUUCCAUUAUCGGAAUAUGACAGAUCUCUUAUAUUUCCAUGCGUCUUUAGUUUUCUCAGUGGAAAAUGGGGCUUUCAUUUACACACAGCGACAAAAAAAUUCAUGAAAGAAUAUACAUCUUUCAAUUAUACUCCGAUAAUUCAAAACAUAUAA